AUGGAGUCCCAAUUACCUCAGAGUUGUUCGGCUGCUAGUGGAGCUGAUGAAACCGGCUCCUCCGACCAGCAACAACUACAACAAUCGGGCAAUGGGAACUCUCCCCCCGAAACAACUGAUGCCACUUCGUCAAGUUCAGCAGUGCAGAAUGCAGCGGUAUCGCCACCCGAUGGUGGGGAUGGCGGGAAUAGCAAAGCAGCUCCAUCGAGUGCGGCCGCAGUUGCGAAGGCUUCGCGGAAAAGAACCAAAACGGGUUGCUUAAGUAUGCUACACUACUUUUCACUCUUUCUAUGAUAGCACGAGAUGAAUGAAUAAGAAACUCCAAAGCAAGAAGAUGUGUGGUUAACGAGUGACCCUCUUUAUUUUCUUAGCUUGCCGAAAGCGACGCAUAAAGUGCGGAGAGGAACGGCCAACGUGUGCAAACUGCAUCAAAUCUAAGCGAGUAUGCGAAGGCUACAACCAACGCGUGGUUUUCAAGGACGGGAUGAAUGGGAUGUAUCGCCCGGGGAUGAUGGGGGCUGCGGGGGGCCCAGCGGAAAGACGGUUGCUCCAGCCAUAUCCCAUUCAACCAGCUCCGGCUCCAGGAUCGGGAUCGGGAUCGACAUUACAACCAAUUGCUCCUGCCCCGCCGGUCAACUACCGUCAACCGGAGGCUAUUGUGCCCCUGGAUCAGAUCAAGCCUCCUCAUCUUAGGCAUGUAUAUCAAGAACAGCAGCACACUCAACAACAUCAACAGAUGUUCCAUGGCCUAGGUCAACAAAGCUCUGCCACACCUCUGGGAGAUACUCUCGGGCACCAAGGCCAAUACCAACAGCAGCAAGACCCAUAUAGCCAGCCCCAGCAGGUUCCCGUGGCCCAAGGACACGACCAAGGUGCGCAACAAUUCAUGCCAUACUACCCACAGGUUCCGAAUUCUGCGGCUAGUGCAACCUUUCCUGGGUCACCCACGAGUAGCGACAGGCCUCAGUUCAGUGCUUCCAUAGAUUCCGAGUCGGUGCCGUCUGUAUUCGGUCCCGGGUCAAGCCCCGGGAUAUAUACCAAUACCCCGAUCACCUCAUAUGCACCCUCCCAUCCUUCGGCUACUAGUACCUCUAAUUCGCGUCCUUUCAACCCCCCUAUCGAUCGGGAAUAUGCUCGGGAACAAUUCAACCAGCCGGCUCAGGGGCUUGGAGGGAUAUUCAGAAAUGAUGAAAACCUUAUUCGUAGGUCUUCCCCUUGAACUUUGUUGGAGCUGGUGCAAACGCCGGUGUGUACAUUUGUCUUUGGCUUCAUCUCUUUCCCGUGUGAGUUCGUUCUCGGAACGGUCUGGUGCAGAUCCCUCCCCCGAGAACAAGUCACCCACCUGUCACUCGUAAUACUGUGAGCUGUACGUGCCUCCUUUCCGCGCCUCUAUCCUCCUUGCCCCACACCCCCGCACCGCCUGUUCAGCAUCCUGAUGGAAGGUAAUCCUGUUGGGAUCAUACAUUUGGCUUCCGGAAUCUGUUUCUAUAUUGGGUCAUUUUGCCGAUAAUUGCCCCCUUUUUCCCUGACUUGCGAGCCCAAACUUACGUUGAAGGCAUUCCGUCGUUUACCCCAACGCUGACCCGUAUGUAGCGACAUUGUCAGGGCCGCCGGGGCCGUCUUCCGACCCGGCGACCAUCACCACAACUGCCGACCCGGGCUUCAGCGGCGCCCAUUUUGUCGGCCCGGAGUUCAUCCAGCUGCACCAAGCACCAGCCGAUCUUGAACUCGAGCACGAUGACGACAGUGACGAGAUGUACGAUGAAGAUGACGACGACGAGGAUGAUUAUGAGGUUCGCGGCUUGGAUGAGAUGAUGAUGGACCCUACGGGACAUGAGAUGAUAAGUCCGAGAGCGCAUAUAUCGAACGUUAUCGAGCCGCAUUUUAGGCAUCUAGCAAACACUAGGAUAUCAUUUAGGUCAUUCUUACCGGAUCAGGGCGUCCUCACGACAUAUCACCCGACUAUGACUUCUUCGCCAUUGAUGAAUCAUACGACCGCCAAGAUAUUUUGCCAUUUCAUUUACGUCCUAGGUCCUAGCUUGUCGUUGUUCGAGCGACACCCUCCGAAUCCGCAUGUCGCUUUUACCCCAGGUGCGGGGCUCAACGGCCCUCAAAACGUGUGGUCGUAUACUAUCCCCAUGUUGUCGCUAUCACAUCCACCACUUCUACAUGCGAUACUAGCGCUAUCCAGUCUUCACAUAUCAAAGUUGACCCGUGGACCAACACACCCUUCGCUUCUGCAUUAUCAUAUCGCUCUCAGAAGACUGGGAAAAGCGAUUGCUAGCGAUAAACAUAGGGGGCACGCGGCCACCCUAACCGCAACACUGGUUCUGGGCUACUACGAGACUAUGGCGGCUGAGCAUGAUAAAUGGAGCAGCCAUAUUCACGGUGCAAAGCAGCUCUUGAAGGAGAUUGAUUUCGACAAACUGAAUAGAAGAGUCUCAAUGAUGGAAGAAGAGAGGGCGGAUGGGGGGCAGGGCUCUCAUGAGUCGGCGCCUCAGCCUACUCUACUUAGAUUACGGAAAAUGAGGCGACAGCUCGUUGCUAACGAAGCGGAUGAGAACCUUACAGCGUACAUUAUGGGUAAAGCGAAGAGAAGACCUCAUGGUUCAGGGAAGAAGCCGGAGGCACAAUUCAGUCGGAAGGAAGAGGAGACAAUGCAAUUGCAGGAAGACAUGUUUUGGUGGUUUGCGAAGAUGGACUGCUAUCAAUCCGUCCUGAGCGGGGGCCCCCUUGUGUACGACAUGUCCCACAACCGGACCUUUUCAACUUUAUACUUUGCUAACAUAUACACUACAGUCUUGACUAUGUUUUCUGGAGCCAAUGCCCUCCCCGAGCGCGGAUCGGUACCCUGGGCACAGCAUAUGGCUCUUCUGACUACUUUUUUUUGCUCCUAGGGAGACUCUGCGACUUCCAGGUGCGGGAUUUGAAGCGGAAAAAAGCCAUGCAAAAGGCCAAUGGGGGUAUGUGGAUUCCGCCGCCGGAGAUGGGGGGACCGCCGAGGGGAAUGGGAAGAGGUAGAGGGAGAGGGAGAGGAGGCCUGCCCCCGGGCACAGGUGUGCCCGGCAUGCAAGGGCCUCCGCAGUUCCCUGGUGGGCCCCCGGGUGGCCCCCCUAGGGGUGUGGGUGGACCUCAGGGUGCUGGCGGGAUGAGUGGUCCAUCCGGUAUGAGAGGCCCUCCGGGUGCGGGCCGAGGGCGGGGUAUGGGACCCUCAUUCGAUCAGAUGCAGUUUGGCAUGAUUCCACCUCCCACAGCCCCCCCUCGCCUGCCUACUGCUUUUGCAGAAAACCUUCCCCGCGAUCCUGAAAAAGCUGCCGCAGCUCCAAAGGAUGACCUUCCAUCGGAGGAGGAUCUUGAAGCUGCAACUGUCCUUGCAGAAACAGAAUGGGCGGAAAUUUAUAAGGCCUUUCAUGUCUUCCAAGAGUCGCUCGGUCAUGAAUAUCAGCCUCUGCCUAUUGAGUACAUGCCCGUGCAAAAAACACCUUUUGGCGCAGCAAUCUACUUCAGAACAUACUCUAUUGCAACAUUACAAUCAUUAUACAACAUGGCUUUAAUAAUAUUACACCGAUGUCACCCCUCUAUGCCUGCUGUAUCAAUGGUAGCCGCUGGUGUAGCAGCCCAGAAGACGGCAAAGCUUGCAAUAGACAUUGCACGCAUCACGGCUGGCCUUGUCCCCACAGACCCCACCGGUCAGAUCAACCCUGCUCUCGGGGCCUCAUUAAUUGAGUCCUCAAUGCCAAUCUUUUUCGCAGCGGUCCAGUACCACGACCAAGCACAGCGGGAAUGGGUUGUCAUGAAAUUGCGGGAAGUUGCCCGUCUAACGGGCUGGGCCACUGCGUCCCGCGUGCUUUUGGGCUGUCAACGCGCAUGGGAGAAGGCUGCAGAAAUGGGACGUGGGCCAGCAUACACCAGGCCACCUUUUGAAGAAGAGGGAGAAUUUUUUUACAAAGCGUUCAAUGAGAGGAUGGCGGCGGAUACGGGGAUCAAUUCCAUGCAGGAUGAGGAGGGGUCUGAGGAGGCCGGGAGCAAGAGGUUUCUGUGGAGAACAGCUGGGAGGAGGACCGCUGGGGCUGUUGGUAUAUUGGGUGAGGAAGGCGAAGACCUGGGUAUCGGCGGGUUGAAUUUGAAUAUGGGUGUUUAA